GAGACGCGCAGCCUCAAUCCCUGCCAGUGGGGUGAUUAUUGCAACCGCCUUCCCCAAAAGCACCAACACACAAGUAUUCCUACAGUUUCGAGGCCCAGUUGAAUCUAUAAACUGUUUUUUUUUUUUUAAAUUAGCUUCCCCUGCAGUUCUCUUUGCUAAUUUUAUUUUUCUACUCAGGCUCUGGAUUAGGCAGGCUGUCCAAGAAGCGCGCGGGGUCCUCACGGCGGAGCCGUUUUCGGACAUCCGGCCCCGCCCCCCCCGGAAACUGCGCUUUCUGCUGUGGCCCUCGCUUGGAGUAGUCGUGCUGCCCUUCCCCCUCGGUGAAGUUCUUAGAGAGAGGCAUCGAUCACCAUGACCGAGAAUGAUGUUGACAACGAGCUCUUGGAUUAUGAGGACGACGAGGUUGAAAACCAGGCAGCAGGAGACGGGGUGGAUGUCCCGUCCAAGAAGGACGUCAAGGGCUCCUACGUCUCCAUCCACAGUUCUGGCUUUCGCGAUUUCUUGCUAAAGCCAGAGCUGCUGCGUGCCAUUGUUGACUGUGGCUUUGAGCACCCUUCGGAAGUACAACAUGAGUGUAUUCCGCAGGCCAUCCUGGGCAUGGACGUCCUCUGCCAAGCCAAGUCAGGCAUGGGCAAGACCGCUGUCUUUGUUCUUGCUACACUACAGCAGUUGGAGCCGGUCACGGGGCAGGUGUCGGUCCUGGUGAUGUGUCACACUCGCGAGCUGGCCUUCCAGAUCAGCAAGGAGUACGAGCGUUUCUCCAAGUACAUGCCCAGCGUCAAGGUGUCUGUGUUCUUUGGAGGCCUGUCCAUCAAGAAGGAUGAGGAGGUGCUGAAGAAGAACUGCCCCCACAUUGUGGUGGGGACCCCGGGCCGCAUCCUGGCCUUGGCCCGCAACAAGAGCCUCAACCUCAAGCACAUCAAGCAUUUCAUCCUGGACGAAUGCGACAAGAUGCUCGAGCAGCUUGAUAUGCGUCGGGAUGUCCAGGAGAUCUUCCGCAUGACCCCACAUGAAAAGCAGGUCAUGAUGUUCAGUGCCACUCUCAGCAAGGACAUCCGCCCCGUGUGCCGCAAAUUCAUGCAAGACCCCAUGGAGAUCUUCGUGGACGACGAGACCAAGCUGACGCUGCACGGGCUGCAGCAGUACUAUGUCAAACUGAAAGACAACGAGAAGAACCGCAAGCUCUUUGACCUGCUCGAUGUGCUGGAAUUCAACCAGGUGGUGAUCUUUGUGAAGUCCGUGCAGCGCUGCAUAGCAUUGGCUCAGCUUCUGGUGGAGCAGAACUUCCCAGCCAUCGCCAUACACAGGGGGAUGCCCCAGGAGGAGAGGUUGUCGCGCUACCAACAGUUCAAAGAUUUCCAGCGCCGUAUCUUGGUGGCCACCAAUCUCUUUGGCCGUGGCAUGGAUAUCGAGCGAGUCAACAUUGCCUUCAACUACGACAUGCCAGAGGAUUCAGAUACCUACCUGCAUCGGGUGGCUCGUGCUGGGCGCUUCGGUACAAAGGGCCUGGCCAUCACUUUCGUGUCAGAUGAGAAUGACGCCAAGAUCCUGAAUGAAGUGCAGGACCGCUUUGAGGUGAACAUCAGCGAGCUGCCUGAUGAGAUCGACAUCUCUUCUUACAUUGAACAGACCCGAUAAAGGGGGCCUUUCCUCUCCAUCGACCUUGGUUUUAAUUCCUGACCUCUUCCGCUUCCCUGAAACUUCAUGUUUAAUUUCACUUGACGGAGCACGAUGUGGCUUUGACCAUCCGGACAUAACCCGUUUACAUCACUCCGAUGAGGGGGACAGAAGAGCCGCCGUCAGCAAGCUGCUGUGUGUUGUGCCCAGAGGCCUAAGGGGAGAGCCUGCUGGGCGGGAGUCCCAUUGCCCAGCUGGCACCAAGAAGAGAAGGUCUCGGUGCCUCUCCAUGGGGGCUCCCCCUGCCUCCAGAUGGAGAUCUCUACUGCCUACCAGCAGGAUGUUGGGACUCCACCAGUUAUGUAGCUUCACUUUGUCCUUAUGUUGGCGUUAUGCAGAGACCUGCCUCCAUGACCGGAAGCACAAAAGGGGGAGGAGUUUUCGACAGGGGUGCUCUGUGAAUCCCUGGCAUCUAGAAUUACGUUUUUGUUUCCUGGGAGGAAAAACCCCUCUUGGGAGGGAAAAAAGCUAAAAAUAUGAACCUUCUUUUGUAUGCCCAUUCUUCAUGCUGUUUUUAAGACUUGUGUUUUGCUGUAUGUGCGUGCCCCCCCUUUUUUUUAAAAAAGAAAUGUGUCUGCAUGUGAAAAUUAACCCCCUGUCCUAGGUGGUAUAUCUUGGCAGGUAACCUAGUAGUGAAAGACUGACGUAUUAGCUGUGGCUCGUUCUAUUCCCCCUUGAUUCUCCACCCCCUGCCCUUUUUUUGUAAUAAAGAAACCCAGGUCUUAUGGGUAUCUAAUUAAACGAGUCUUGUGAAUAA